GCGCGCGCUUGUGACGUUGCUACCGAGCGACCCGAGUUCGAUGACGUCACCAUAAGUGGUAGUGCCAACAUGGCGUUCACACUAUACGCGCUGAUUCAAACAGCGAUUUUAUUCACUAAUGCCAUCGCUGUUCUCCACGAAGAGAGGUUUCUCAGUAAAAUUGGCUGGGGGGCUGAGCAAGGUAUUGGAGGCUUUGGAGAUGAACCUGGCAUUAAAGCACAACUUCUUAACCUUAUUCGAUCUGUUAGGACAGUCAUGAGAGUGCCUUUGAUAGCGGUAAAUUCGGUGUGCAUCGUCUUACUGUUGCUGUUUGGAUGAAGAGGAAAUGGACUGCUAUGGAACAAGCUCUAAAGUGGAACAAGAAAAAGUGGACUGUUUUUUGUAACUGAUUAUUUAUGUUGCUCUCAAAUGUCUAAAAAUUAUUCUUAAAACAAUUUCUUUAAGUUCUCUGGGAGUUGUUUUAAAUUAAAAUUGUCAGAGCAUUUUUUCAUGACUUGUUGCAUUAAUUGCUGAUGUUAUAAAAGCACCUGCCUUUUUCAUUAUUUGGUAUUUCUGUCAGUUAAUCUGGAGUUUUGUGUAUUUCCGAGUAACUGGCUGACAGCUAUCAUAGUCAAUCAUAGUUUGUUUUUUGCACCUGAAUCUUUUCCCCUUAAAUAAUGAGAUUUUCUAAAUUAAAGUUGAGAUAAUUUCAAAAGAGGUUCCAGGAGAAGGUCCCUAAAUGUUUUAAAGAUCUUUGUUGGCUAUGCUGAGAUUGCAGUGCUGGUAGAUAACAAGUUUAUACACAUCUGAAAGGCUUUUGAAGUAGGCCAAACUUUUGUGAGCCAGUCAGCACAUUUGUUAAUUGUUUCCUAUUUUAAUAAAGUCUAUAUGUCUUUCCAUCUA